ACACUGCUUGCGAGUUUGUUUUUUGGCCUGCGUAAAUAAAUAAACGGAAAUUGUUUAAAAAAACUAAUAAUAAAGUAAAUAACGAAUCUAUGUACUUAGAGCCAUUUCAAACCCAAAAUGCAAUACUGAGCUAAUAAACGAAAAUUUCAGCAAGCAGCUGUCGCUGUUCUGGCCAGAGGUAAAGGUGAACAGAGUUCAUUCAUUUUUGUGCUAUUACGUGUGCGCCCCUUUACCCGCCGGCAGUCGAAGAGACCACAAGUGGCCCCAGUCCCAUAUCCUAUACAUAUGUGUUUGUAGUUGGCUGCGCGUGUGUGAGGUUUCAAGAAGCUGUGCUGCCAAAAAAAGAAACAAAACGAACAAAACAGAGAGUACGCCGUUCGGCAUAAUCAAUUAAUAUGCCCAGAAAGCUGCCCAUGUUUCCGCUGGUGCUGUGCACAGUGGCCGUGUUAGCUACCGUGGGGCCGAUGCCCGCCUUCGGAGCCGUUGCCACGCAUAAGCAUUCUGCACACGAGAAUCACUUGAGUAAGGAGCGGGUAAAGGAUGGAAUUCAUGCGCCGAGGGAUGCUCACCAUCAUGGCGAGGAUGGCGAGCACAAUGUGGAGUUCGACCACGAGGCCAUCAUUGGCAAUACGAAAGAGGCGCAAGAAUUCGACACGCUGACGCCGGAGGAGUCGAAACGGCGCCUGCUCGUGCUGGUUAAACUGAUGGAUCUCAACAAGGACGAGUUCGUUGACCGGCAUGAACUGAAAGCAUGGAUAUUAAGGUCUUUUAAAAAGCUGUCCGAAGAGGAGGCAGCUGAUCGCUUUGACGAAAUCGACCAAGAAACGGAUGAGAGAAUCACAUGGAAGGAGUACUUACAGGAUACCUAUUCCAUGGAAGAUGAGAAUUUCAAGAAGGAGACCAUCGACUUUGACAACUACGAGGAGGAGCAGAAAAUGAUCAAGCAGGAUAAGGAGAUGUUUAAUGCAGCCGACAUGAACAAGGACGGCGUACUGAGUCUGGAGGAAUUUGUGUACUUCCACAAUCCCGAGGAACAUCCCCAGAUGCUGCCCAUACUCCUGGAGCAUACCAUGCAGGACAAGGACUUGAAUCACGAUGGCAAGAUAAAUUUCCAGGAGUUUGUGGGUGAGGCUGCCUCACAUCACGACAAGGAAUGGCUUCUAACUGAGAAGGAGCGUUUUGACAAGGAUCACGAUGUCAACGGCGACGGUGUGCUAACGGGCAACGAGGUGCUCUCGUGGAUAGUGCCCAGCAAUACGGCCAUUGCCAACGAUGAGGUGGACCAUCUGUUUGUCUCCACAGACGAGGAUCACGACGAUCGUCUCUCCUAUCUGGAGAUUCUCAACAACUAUGAAACUUUUGUGGGCAGCGAGGCCACCGAUUACGGAGACCACCUGCAGAACAUAAAUCACCUGGCUGAUGAGCUAUAAUAUGUACAUAUACCUGUAUAACGAACCAACUUUUAGCAGAGUUGAGAGGGCGAUAUAAAACCUGUGUGCAGCAUUAUACUUCCCAUUUCUUUAGUUAGUAAAUGUAUGUUUUAUUCAUGUAAAUCCAAAUGUCCCCCAAAUGAGGCAAAAAUCAAUAUCGCUUAAUAGUUUUGAGCGUAUUUUUACGAAUUUCAUUUACAUACAUGUCUUGCUUGCCACCUACGAGUACCAAUUAAAUUAUGUGUAGUAAUUUAUACAGACACCAAAUCUACAAUAACCAUAAUAAGAAUAAUGUAAUAAAUCAUUUGUACUAAAAUAUUUAUGUGACCAAAGCUGUAUAAUACAUUUACAAGUGCCAUAAAUGUUUUUAGAUCAUGGGCAACAUCGCUUAAUUCUGUUUGGAUGACUAGAAUUGAGUUUUUCCAUCGCAUCGCUAAAUUAGAUUACUUAUGAAUAAUUUGCUGAUUACCCCAUUUAUACAAUGUUAGGUUAGCAGAGUGUUUCUUUGACUAGAUUUCACACUCGUCUGUACCGAAAAAUAUGCUUAGCUCUAUGCCCUAUGACUUUAUCUUAUUUUGCGGAUAGCUUUAUGCAGUUUGAUCCCCAAAAUACGAAUCGAAUAUUUAUGUUUAUUCCUCCUUUUCUUAUAUCACAAAUAUUGCACCGAAUUGGCCUAUUUCCCCACAUUUUAUCUAGAAAUUUCAACAGAAAGCUAUAAACAAAACCAAAAAAAAAAAAAAAACUU